AUGGAUCAUGGCAAAGCCAAUGCCUUUCAUGUUGACCAUGACCCAGCAUUUAAGCCUAACGAGAGAGCUGUGCUGAAUGUCAAGCAAUCCAAGCCCGAAGAGCCCAUGGUCCAACUACUCCGCGAGGAGAGUAGUCGGAUUGAAAGUUUUGAGCAUAUUGCUGAAAAGUUCGAGAACCGAGAUGCUCCUGUUGUCACCAUGUUCAGUGGUGGCUUGGAUAGCACAUAUCUCCUCAUGAGACUUCACCAUCUUGGCUUCACCAACAUUCAUGCCGUAGCUGUGGACGUUGGAGAACCCAUCGACAAGGAGGAACUCACCAAGAACGCUGCCCAUUUUGGUGCGUCUUUCAGAUGCCUCGACGGCCGAGAGCGAUUAGUCAAGGAAGGUGUCAUACCAGCCAUCCGUGCCCACGCAAAAUACAUGGGAAUGUACCCCGUCAGCAGCUCUCUCAGCCGCCCUGUUAUCGCUCGUCUAGUCACCGACUACGCCAAAAGUCUCAACGCGAAGCUUCUUCUUCAUACGGCCAACUUGUCGCAGAACAGCUUGCCCCGACUCAACAACAGCAUCAAACGUUAUGCCUUUUCUGGAGACUUUGGCAGUCCGUAUGUGCGUUCGGCCAUUUCUCGAGAGGACAAGGCCAAAGAGCUGUCUGCAGUUGGAUUGACCUUCUUAUCAGACCGAAAGCUCAGCGGUGAUGAGAAUUUGUGGUGUCGAGAGUUCGAAAGUGGCCCUCUGGAUGACCCUGAGAGCUUCACCAUUCCAGAAGCUGCAUACCAGUGGACACAGCGCAACAUGGACUGCUCUCCCCAGAAGCUUACGCUGAGUUUCAAGGAUGGAAACCUCAUCUCGAUCAACGGAAACAAGUUGCCUCUCAUCGAAGCCAUCGCCCUCCUCAACGUCGAGGUAGGAAAGUUUGGACAUGGCCGAUUUGUUGGACUUGAGCCGAUUCGAACCGACGCCAAGGUUCUUGAAGUACGCGAGGCUCCGGCUGCGGCCAUCAUUAUGGAUGCACUGCGACAUCUUGAAGUUGCUACUCUAGAGAGCAAAGCACUCCACUUGAAGCAGGAUCUGGAACAGAAAUGGGUCAGGGAAGCUAUUGCUGGUCGAUGGGGAAGCACGUGCCAUACCAUGUGUGAUGCUGCACUUGCUUCGUCCCUGAUUGGUGUCAGUGGAAGUGUGACUUACAACAUCAACCACGCGCACUACCUACCUUGCUCCAUCAUCGCUCAGAACCCCCGAUAUAUCAGGGAUCGAGACCAUUGGGAGAUCAAGGCUUCAAUGAGCAGAAUCAGUGCAUAG